UUAUUGAUGUGGUGGAACCUCAAGUUGUCUACCAAGAGAACAAGAAUGACACAUUCAUUUCCAGAGGACAUGAUCUCAUGGGGUGAAACUUAAAUUUGAUAGAAGUGCAAACAGCGACUAACCUUUCAUGCUGUGGAUAUCUCUACAAAAACUUCAUCAAAGCACCGCCAUCGUAGUGACCAUCAGAUGGGGCCUUAUUGGAUAAAACUGUUGCUCAAGACUUGACAAAUCAUUUGUCAAGAUUUAGAAAGGCAGAAGACGAAUUUGGGUUUGAUCACAACAAUCCCCUGAAGUGAAGAGACCAAAACACACAUUUCACUCUAUUGAUUUGUUUUGUUGCUUGUCACCAUUUUGUAAAGCUCUUAACAUAUAGUAUAAGUCAAAUAAAAAUGCUUCCUUUAUGUUCUCUUCCAAAGAAAGCAUCUUCAUUUCUCCACACACACUCUCUCUCUCUCUCACUAAGCGCAAUGGAGGAGACCCAGAUCGCUUCCAUCCUCAAAUCCUCCGAGCUCUACCCAAUCCCUCAAAGCGUCAAGCUUUCAUACGGAACAGCCGGCUUCCGAGCCGACGCGUCCCUCCUCGAAUCCACCGUCUACAGAGUCGGCAUCCUCUCAUCCCUCCGCUCCCUCAACCUCAAAUCAUCAACCGUCGGGCUCAUGAUCACAGCCUCCCACAACAAAGUCUCCGACAACGGCGUCAAAGUCUCCGACCCCUCCGGCGGGAUGCUCUCUCAGGAAUGGGAGCCUUUCGCGGAUCAGAUCGCCAACGCGUCUUCCCCUCAAGAGCUCGUCUCGUUGAUUAAAGACUUCGUGAAGAAGGAAGAGAUCGCAAUCGAGAAAGGUGGAGGAGAGGUAUGGUUGGGGAGAGAUACUAGACCUAGCGGCGAACGGCUUCUCCGAGCUGCGGAGAUUGGAGUUCGCUCUGUUUUGGGAUCUGUUGCGGUUGACGUUGGGGUUUUGACUACUCCUCAGUUGCAUUGGAUGGUUAGAGCUAAGAACAAAGGUCUCAAGGCUACUGAAAGUGAUUACUUUGAGAAUCUUGUUACUUCGUUUAAAUGUUUGAUUGAUCUGAUCCCAGUUAAGGUAGAGAUUAGUACAUUGCUUUUAGAUGGUGCUAAUGGUGUGGGUGGGAUGAAGAUGGAGGUGUUGAGAGGGUUUUUGAGUAAUCUAGAUGUUGAGAUUCGUAACACAGGAAGAGAUGGAGGUGUGCUUAAUGAAGGAGUAGGUGCUGACUUUGUGCAGAAGGAAAAGGUUGUGCCUUUAGGGUUUGGGGUAAAGGAUGUUGGGAUGAGGUGUGCUAGCUUUGACGGUGAUGCGGAUCGGUUGGUUUACUUUUACAUUCCGUCAGAGUCUUGUGGUGACAAGGUUGAGCUGCUUGAUGGUGACAAGAUUCUAUCUUUGUUUGCUUUGUUUAUCAAAGAGCAGCUGAACAUUAUUGGUGAUGAAGGGAAGCAGUGUCGUCUUGGUGUUGUGCAGACGGCUUACGCCAAUGGUGCGUCAACGGAUUACGUAAAGGGGAUGGGGUUAGAGGUUGUUUUUGCGAAAACCGGGGUGAAGCAUUUGCAUGAGAAAGCAGAAGAGUUUGAUGUUGGAAUCUACUUUGAGGCUAAUGGUCAUGGGACUAUUCUCUUCUCAGAAUCUUUCCUGUCUUGGUUAGUUGGUAAGCAAAAGGAUUAUAGUGAAGGCUCUGAUAAGCACAAUGCGGUUUCUAGGCUAGUUGCAGUGAGUAAUCUGAUUAACCAAGCGGUUGGUGAUGCUCUGAGUGGGUUGCUCUUGGUUGAAGUGAUUCUGCAGCACAUGGGAUGGUCAGUACAGAAGUGGAAUGAGCUAUACAAGGACCUUCCUAGCAGACAGGUUAAGGUGGAAGUUCCAGAUAGAACAGCGGUUGUGACCACAAGUGAAGAGACCAAGGCUCUGAAACCCUUGGGGAUUCAGGAUGCCAUUAAUGCUGAGAUCAAGAAGUAUCAGCAUGGAAGAGCUUUCAUAAGGCCAUCAGGUACAGAAGAUGUGGUGAGAGUAUAUGCAGAAGCAUCUACACAAGAAGAUGCUGAUUCUUUGGCUAAUUCUGUGGCUCAGCUCGUCAAAAGCUUCCUGGGUUCAAGCUAAAGAUCCAUCUAAAGCUCUGCAUGAGUAUGCUAAACAGAGAUUUUUCUUGUUCAUCUCUUACCUUUCACAUCUUUUGUAUAACUUGAAUGACAUGUUUCUCUUGUCUUUUGUGUUCUGUUUCUUGAGAGCUACUUUGUUUGUAUUCUAGUUCUUCUUCUCUCUCUCCCCCCCAAUGUAAACUGAAACAUACUGGCUUGCCUGAUUAGAACCUGCAGCGUCAUUUGCUCA